AUGAAAAUGGAUCCCAGUCAGUACAAGGCGAAUCGCGAAACCCUUGUACAAAACAUGAAAGACGAAGGCGUCGACCCUUAUCCGCACAAAUUUCACGUCGACUACCGCUUGCCGGACUACGCAACCGAGUUUAUGAAACAGACGACGGACGGCGCCAAGCUGGAAGACACCAUUGUUUCCAUUGCCGGUCGCAUUGUGUCCGUGCGUGGACAGGGAAAGCUCUACUUUUACGACUUGCGCGGCGACGGAACCAAGGUGCAGAUCAUGUCCGACCUCAAAUCCUACGCCGCCGGCGAAGAAGCCUUCUUCAAGAUCCACCGGACCAUCAAACGCGGUGACAUUGUUGGAGUCAAGGGACGUCCAGGAAAGUCUAAAAAGGGCGAACUCUCCAUUUUUCCGAUCGAAAUUCAGCUCUUGUCGCCUUGUUUGCAUAUGUUGCCCUUCCCCAAGGGUGACUCCAAUUUGGGUGGAAUCACCAACAUGGAAACGCGCUAUCGCCAACGUUACUUGGAUUUGAUCGUCAAUGCGGAUGUCCGCAAGACGUUCGAAAUUCGAGCCAAAGUUAUCAACAAAAUUCGCAAGUACCUGGAUGAACGACACUUUUUGGAAGUCGAAACACCUAUGAUGAACAUGAUUCCCGGGGGUGCCGUGGCGCGGCCUUUUGUAACCUACCACAACGAUUUGAGCAUGGACUUGUUCUUACGCAUUGCACCCGAACUGUACCUCAAAAUGUUGGUGAUUGGUGGACUCGAUCGGGUGUACGAAAUCGGACGCCAAUUCCGCAAUGAAGGUAUCGAUUUAACCCACAACCCCGAAUUCACCACGCUCGAAUUUUACAUGGCCUACGUCGACUACAAUGAUCUCAUGGAUAUGUGCGAGGAGCUCGUUAGUAGCAUGGUCAAGGAAAUUACUGGUGACUACAAAAUUAAGUACUCACCCAAGCCCGGUAUGGAAGAAGUCGAGAUUGACUUUACUCCCCCGUUCAAGCGCAUUUCCAUGAUGGAAGGUAUUGAAGCAGCGAUUGGCGAAAAGUUACCGGCCAUGGACGACCCUGAAGUCGAUCAGAAGCUGCUCGCAGUUUUGACCAAACACAACUUGGAGUGUUCACCCCCGCAUACAACAUCCCGCUUGCUGGAUACCAUGGUGGGAGAAUUCCUGGAAGACCACAUCAUUCACCCCACUUUUAUUACCGAACACCCUCAAAUUAUGAGCCCCUUGGCUAAGCAUCACCGAUCCAAGCCGUUCUUGACGGAACGAUUCGAAAUGUUUGCGGCGGGUCGCGAGUUGGUCAAUGCCUACACCGAAUUAAACGAUCCUGUCACACAGUACAAGUUAUUUUUGGAACAAGCCAAGGCUGGUAGUGCUGGUGAUAACGAAGCCAUGGUCAUGGACGACUCUUUUGUCACGGCUCUCGAACACGGUCUCCCACCCACUGGUGGAUUUGGUCUCGGUGUCGAUCGCCUUACCAUGUUUUUGUCCAACAAGAACAAUAUUAAGGAAGUCCUGCUAUUCCCGGCCAUGAAACCGACGGAUGAACAGUUGGCGUUGACGAACCAUCACAGUACGGCCAAGUCAGAUGUAGCGGUCGUAUCCGAAGUAGAGGACAAGGAGUAG